AUGGCUAGUUCAAGUGCAAGUGGAAGUUCAACUUCUCCUUCUCCAUCACCUAAUCCCAGUGCCCCUGCUGGUAGUGCACAAGUUGAUCCCAAUCCUUCUGACGAGAGAUUGCGUAAAACUCCUCUGUGGAGGCAUGUUAAAUUACUUGAAAAGAAUGCUUCUUCUGGAGGAAAUGCAAAAUCUAAGUGCUUGUAUUGUGAUCACAUUAUUCCUGGGAGUUACUUUAGAGUAAGAGCACAUCUCAUGAGGGAACCCGGUAAAGGCACAUCAAUUUGUGGUGCUGCCACACCAGAGAUGGUGGACCAGUUCCGCAAGGAAGAAGAAGCAGCACGAGUUAGUGCUGAUGGAAGCUCAAGGAGGAGUGUUCCCAUGCCAGUGCAGCUCUCUGCCUCAGCAUCAUCCUCUGGAUUGUUGCCGCCAACAGGAUCUAAGGCAUCAUCAAAGAAGAAUCUGGUAUUUUGGAGAGUUUCCACAUUGAACUCCGACAAAUGGCUGAUGCAAUUAUUGCAAGAAUGCGUUCCUUUCAACUUGGCAAGAAACCCAAACUAUCGGGCUGCAUUCAACUUUGUGGCAACAAAUGAAAUGGGUGGGUAUACCCCUCCUGGAAUCAACAAGUUGAGAACAACUCUCCUGCAGCAAGAGAAGACUAAUGUGGAGAAGCUGCUUGAACCCAUCAAGAGCACCUGGUCCACAAAAGGGGUGACAAUUGCAGCUGAUGGUUGGACUGAUUCUCAGAGAAGGCCCCUUUUGAACUUCAUUGCUGUGACAGAGAGCGGUCCAAUGUUCUUGAAAUGUGAAAACACUGAAGGAAAGGCAAAGACCAAGGAGUACAUUUCUGCCCUCUUGAUUGAGGUUAUUGAAAAGGUUGGAUCAAAGAAUGUAGUUCAGGUGGUCACUGACAAUGCAGCAAAUUGCAAAGCUGCUGGUUUGAUUAUUGAAGCAAAGUACAGCAACAUCCUUUGGACUCCCUGUGUUGUCCACACUUUGAAUUUGGCAUUGAAAAAUAUUUGUGCUGCAAAGAAUGAUGAAGAUGAAAAUCCAGAACUUAAAUGGAUAAGUGAUAUUGCCGGGGAUGCUCUCCAAAUCAAGAAUUUUAUCAUGAAUCAUGGCAUGAGGCUGUCAAUGUUCAAUUCAUUUAGUAAGCUCAAGUUCCUAGCUAUUGCAGGCACAAGAUUUGCAUCUGUCAUUGUUAUGUUGAAGAGGUUUCUUCUUCUCAAGGACUCGCUUAUACAGAUGGUAAUCAGUGAUAAGUGGAGAACAUAUAGAGAAGAUGAUCAGGAAAAGGCCAAUUUUGUGAGACAGAAGGUGCUUGAUGACUAUUGGUGGGAUCAAGUGAAAUACAUCAUUGAUUUCACUGAUCCCAUUUACUCAAUGCUAAGGGCAGCAGAUACUUUGAAGCCUUGUCUGCACUUAAUUUAUGAAAUGUGGGACAGCAUGAUAGAGAAAGUAAAAACUGUUAUUUACCGGAAAGAAGGGAAGGGGCCGCUGGAUGAAUCUGAGUUCUUCAAUGUUGUCAAUGACAUUUUACAAGAUUGUUGGCUCAAAAGCAACACCCCACUCCAUUGUUUGGCACACUCUCUUAACCCUAGGUACUAUAGUGAACAAUGGCUUUCAGAAGACCCAAACCGUGUAGCCCCACAUAUGGAUCCAGAAAUUUCAGAAGAGAGGAACAAUUGCCUUAGGAAGCUUUUUCCAGUUACAGAAGAGCUUAGGAGAGUUAAACAACAGUUCGCUGAUUACUCACUGAAAAGAGGCAUCUUUAGUUUACCUGAUUCAAUUGAUGACAGAGCUCAUUUUGAUCCACUGCAAUGGUGGGGCAUCUAUGGGUCUAGGACCCCAGAGUUGAAAGAAUUAGCUUUUAAGCUGCUUGGGCAGCCAGCUUCUUCUUCUUGCUGCGAGAGAAACUGGAGCACAUACAGUUUUAUCCAUAACCUGAGAAGAAACAGGUUCACACCUGAACGUGCUGAGGAUUUAGUGUUUGUGCAUAACAACUUACGUCUUCUUUCAAGGUGUAGUGACGAGUAUCUCACAGGGCCAACACAAAUGUGGGAUGUUGGGGGAGAUGGCUUUGAGACAUUUGAUGGUGUCGGUAUUCUUCAAGCUGCUAAUCUCACUUUGGAUGAGCCGGAGUUUGAGGUUAUGAUUGCAGAAGAUGAUUGA